UGACACUACACCAUCACUGUCAACUUUGAAUGUUCGUUAGCCCUUGAACUUAAACGACCACCAACGAGCCCAUAGUCCAAUGGCACCGCUGUCACGACCAACAAUGUCAGGAUAUGAUCAUUUCCAUACAGUCACUUGUUCAACGUCACUAGCUAUAGUGGAAGUGUACGAUGUUGCAUUUAGCGCUAAGGAAUAUAUACCAAGGACAAGAAUGGUGAGCACUAUUAAUUAAUUGACACAAGUCACAUAGACGCCUAUAGGCUACAUCCUGUGUGGAUUCACAGGAUACCGUCCGCCUUGCCCUUGAUCUAAUACUUCUCAGUUGACCUUUCAUCGCUUACGAAGCUGGCAUGGAGAACGUCGAUGUGAGGACGGAAGACUUGCCAGACGAUUUGACGCCCUUUAUCACUCGAACAGCUCUGGACCACGUUGGUGGAGGUGCAUUUGGCGAUGUCUGGAAAUGUAAUUAUGAUGCAAAUGGUAUUUCUGCCCUCGUUGCGGUCAAGGCCUUCAGACUUCCAGAACGUUAUGAUUUAGAGACACUCAACAGGAAAAUCAGCCGAGAGAUAGGCAUAUUGAGGAUUCUACGCCAUAACAACAUCGUACCCUUGUGGGGUAUAGCGACAGGAUUUGGACGAAUAUCAGAGUUGCGCUGCUUGGUAUCUCCGUGGAUACCAAACGGCACAUUGAAUGUGUACCUAGUAUUUAAUCACAAUGACCUAACACCUCUGGACCGUUCGCGUAUGCUGGAGGAUGUCAGUGCUGGACUUCGUUACUUGCACUCGAUUUCUGUCAUGCACGGGGAUAUAACAGGAGCAAAUAUACUGAUCGACGAAGGAGGCCACGCGAGGUUAAUCGACUUUGGUCUUUCCACCAUCACACAACCCCUUAUCGACCAGUCGCACUUGGCCGCAACAUCCAUACGUCCAGGCGCAAUCCGCUAUGCAGCACCAGAACUCGUUCUACCAGACAAUACCCGCGAGCUACCAGUGCCUCUAGAAAAAGCUGAUAUAUACUCUUUUGGUUGUAUAAUGCUUCAAAUUCUCUCGGGUCGGCGUCCUUGGUCUGAGAUCUCGUCAGAAGCGUUCAUCAUCGUUAGCAUCUCGCAUGGUCGUGGACCGCAACGUCCUGAUGGUCAACCUACCAUAAUAGACUCUGAUUGGAAAUUCAUCCAAAGAUGUUUGCAAUCCGAACCCGAACUUCGACCUUCAGCAGAUGAAGUGCUUGACUUUGUCAUGCACAGGCUUUCCUCUCCAGACCCUUGUCACGGCAGUGGACCACCUGACGAUCCUUCCGAUGAUAGACCGGAUAAUGACCCUGGAGCUUCCCCACAUGGUGGUUCUAAUGAGUCAGAUACGGUAGAACAACCACCCGGCAGUCCAUCUGGUCGCGAAUCAAAACCUUCAAUUUGGUUAAAGCCUCGAAUUUCUUACCGUCACGGUGGUUCAUUUUCUACACACUCCGGAACAGCACCCAACAAUCCCGAUGAUACGCCGGAUAAUGACCCUGGAGCUUCCUUGCACGGUGGUUCUGAUGACUCAGAUACAGCAGAACGACCACCCGACAGUCCACCACUCUACCCUGAUGAUGAACUGAAGUCUUUGUUCACUGUCGCAGAUAAUUUGUCUGCCUCCACCUCGACUGCUCCUGCAUUUUCCGUACCGUCUUUUUCUCACAGCUCAAGCAAAGAAAUAUCUGAGUCCUCCACUACACCUGGACCUGUAAGUUAUCGACCUUCUGACCGUAGUUCACUAUGACUAAUCGACCCUUGCACAAGGGCCAUUCUCACGAAGGAAUGUUUCAGUGCAAGUGGAAUGGUCCUGACGGGAUAUCUUGCGAUCACUUGAUUCAUCGCCAGGAUCUCUCUUCUCACCUAAGUGAAGUCCAUGAAAUUCGUGGCUCAGUCAACUCCCGCGUCAGGUGCACCUGGGAUGGUUGCCAUAAGGAGAUGAGAAGAGAGUCCCUCUUCAGGCAUAUAAAAGAGGUUCAUUUGGGGGUUUCGCGUGAACAUAACCUCGAUGUCCGCAUGAGCAUGAACCCUGUGAUCAGCAGUAGUUCAGAGACACCGACGGAUGAGCAAGCUGGUUUGAAGGUUCUGGCUCAUGACUGAGUCUCAUGUAUAAUGAUAUGAUAUCCUGCACGCGCCGACCAUAUGCAUGAGUUCCGAUCAAAGGCA